AUGGUUUGGUUGGGGUCUCCAUCGGGACACUUCACAGUGAAAGAUGGGUGGGAGGCCCUGCGCCAAAGAAGAAACCUAUCUCUGGUUGAUAGGUUCGUAUGGAAUAGAAUCCUUCCGCUCAAAAUCUCCGUCCUAGUUUGGAAAGUGCUACGUAAUUUGGUCCUGGUGGAGGUGAAUCUGCAAAGGCGAGGCAUCACGAUGGCAUCUCAGUGUAGCUGUUGCUCUUUGCAGGAGGAAUCCUCGAAGCAUUUUUUUCUGGGUGGGCCAGUGGUGGAGCAAGUUUGGGACUUCUUUCACGGACGGUUCAGUAUCCUUGGAACUAACUCGCAGUCGGUCUCGGCCCGAAAUAAGGCACGAUUUGAGGGGGCUCGGUUGGAUCCACAGGGGAUGAUUUGGGCAGUGGGAAGUAUGGUGGAGCAAUUAGGGAGGGCGAAAGUCUUUUCCAUAGCACAUUUCAAGGGUGACUCGGAGGACCCAUGGGCUCGUUUAGCUACCUGGAAGCCGCAGGUGACGAGGCGCUUGGUGACCUCGUGGUUGCCGCCACCGAAGGGUGUGGUCAAGUUAAAUACGGAUGCCAGUGUGACAAGAGGGAAGGGUUUACUCUUCUGUAACAGAGUUUGGGUUCAACAGUUAUUGGUGGAGGUGGAUUCGGCGGGACUCGUUCAAUUGCUAGACUCAGGGGCCUUGGCAAAAUGGCUGUUAUGUAACUCGUUACGGCAGAUUCGAGCCCUGCUUCAGAGCUUCAAUGCCACAGCUAGGCACAUAUUCAGAGAGGCGAAUGCCGCGGUAGAUAAGCUAGCAAUGAUGGAUCUCUAG